AAACAAACAACCUCACUCAUUCAUUAAUUUAACUUCUUACACUCGUUUCAUACAACUUUAAAAAGAUGGUAUUUCCGAAAAGUCUAAUUUUUGCUGCCGCUACAGCAACCACACUUGCUAAACCAUUUGACAAACGUCAAAACCUUGGUUUAGUGGAAAAUUGUUACCAUGACUUCGCAAUCACAUUCGACGAUGGCAGUGUCGGUGCCGAAUAUGAUCUCGUCGACCUCUUUAACGAGAAUGAAUCAAAGGCUACAAUGUUCUUGAACGGAUUCAACUACAAUUGCAUUUAUGAAGAAGAUUCAGUCGAACGCAUUAGAAAUACAUAUAACAGUGGCAUGUUAAUCGGAUCACAUACCUGGUCUCAUCGCAAUCUCGGCGAAUUGAGUGAAGCAGAAAUUGACGAACAAGUCGAACUCGUCAAUGAUGCAAUCUGGAAGAUCAUCGGUGUUAGACCAAAGUUCCUCAGACCGCCAUAUGGUAGUGCACCAGAAUGGGCUGUCAACUACAUUCAAGAAAAACACGGUAUGGUCGUCGUAAACUGGAGCGAGGACUCUCUCGACUCACAAGGUGCAUCUGCUGAUGAGAGCAUUGGUAUCUACGAUGGAUUCACAGACGUUAACGAACCACACCUCACUCUCAAUCACGAGACAUACGAAACUACACCAUACACAGUCAUGCCAUCGGUUGUUCCUUCACUCAAGGAGCGUGGAUUCAACCUUAUUACCGUCGCUGAGUGCCUCGACCUUGAUGCUUACCUCGAAGUUGGAGAGCCACAAGCUAGAGACGAGACCUGGACUUGCGAAGGUAAGCCAGCUCCCCUCGGCGGUUAAGGCUAUUUUAUUUCGCCAAUAAUUGCACAAUCAAUUGUUAAUUUGUUCUGUUCUUAAUUGUAUUUAUGGUCCAUACUCGUAGACAAAAAAUAAAUACGGUAUACUUUACUUAUAUUUCUCAGCCCAGUUGUGUCCACCCAUGAACAUUGCUGAAUCUCCACUUUGUUUCAUGUUCCGCCUCUUCGCACCCUCGACGAAAGAAUGCAAACCCCGUAGGCGUGCUUCGGUGUAUAACAUUGCUGUCGUGAUAAGAAUGGAAUCAUUGUCGUCUAUUUCUGGUGCAUGAUGUAAUGUCAUUGCGGCAUAUUUGUGUCCCAUUAGUGGUAUGGCAUGCCUGACCGAUUGCUUUGCAGAUGCAUAGACGAAGCCAGCUUUAUCGCCUACAGCUUCAUAUUUAUUCCCAUAUACGUCAAUAGUCACGGUGCUUCCAUCAAACAGCGUGAACUUGAACUGCUCAACGUCACGCAUAAUAUCAAAGUAUGUAACUAAUCCAUUGAUAGUGACUUUCAUCUUAUUCUCUGUGACUUGUACCCAUUCAGCUAGGGUGUCUUUCUUCCAUUGGUCCAUAUAUACUGUACUUGUGAUUGGUGCACCCUUCUCGGCGUAGCUACCAUCGUAGCGAGCGACUAUAUUACAUGCACUGCCUUUAUCAUAAAUAUGCAUAUACGAUAACUGACUUGCUUCUUGUGCUUCAGCAACCGUGUAGUUUAUGUCACAAUCUCGUUGUGUUGUAUAAGUCUUAGCUGACUUAUCAUUUACUGCAUUAGUAUUUACGAGUGUUGUUGUCGUCGAAGCUGUUUCAAUUACUGACAUUGUGAUAAUAAACCGAGAUAAAC